GUCCGUUCAAUUAAACUCUCCGGUCGGGGCCGGUCUCCGACUCGGUAUCGGUCUACUUGAACCCCUGAGACACCAGACCACGCCCUCCCGUCUAUAUCCUCGAUUACUUCGUAGCGAAGUCGUCUUCCUCUUUCGAAUCCCCUCGGUUUCUCCGUCGCUCCUUGUGAGGAUAUCUGAAGAGCGAACUACUUGGAUCUAAGCAAAAUGUUCUUUGAAGGAUUUGGUUAUCAUGGAAAUUCAUUUGAGCAGACUUACCGUUGUUACCCUGCUUCUUUCAUUGACAAGCCACAGCUGGAAAUUGGUGAUAAAAUUAUAAUGCCUCCCUCUGCUCUUGAUCGUCUUGCUUCUCUACACAUCGAUUACCCAAUGUUAUUUGAGCUGCGUAGUGUUGAAACCGAGCGAGUUUCACAUUGUGGUGUUCUAGAGUUUAUUGCCGAAGAAGGCAUGAUUUACAUGCCGUAUUGGAUGAUGCAAAACUUACUUGUACAAGAGGGAGAUAUAGUUCGUGUUAAAAAUGCCACGCUUCCCAAGGGUACAUAUGUGAAGCUACAGCCACAUACAAAGGACUUUUUGGAUAUCUCAAACCCCAAGGCCAUUUUGGAAACAACUUUAAGGAAUUUUUCAUGUUUAACAACUGGUGACAGUAUCAUGGUAGCAUAUAACAACAAGAAGUACUACAUAGAUAUUGUGGAAACAAAGCCCUCUUCUGCAGUUAGCAUUAUUGAGACAGACUGUGAGGUUGACUUUGCACCACCACUUGAUUAUAAAGAGCCUGAACGUCCACAAACUUCUGCACCUAUGAUCAAAGCACCAGUUCAAGUUCAGGAUGCUCAAACUGAAGCCAAAGAUGAGCAAAAAUUCACUCCAUUUACUGGUACUGGAAGAAGGUUAGAUGGAAAGCCUUCAAAGGACCAAGCUUCAACUAUUGUUUCCCCAAUGGAAGAUCCCAAAUCAGAAGCCGUAAACAGCAUAAAGCAGUCAACACCGUCCACUUUGCAGAGCAACCCUUCUCGUCAAAGUAUGGGAAAGCUUGUUUUUGGUUCAAGUUCCAUUCAUGCUUCAAGAGAAGCACAGAAGGUUGCCUCUAAAGAAAUAAAGGAAGAACCUGCAAAGAAAGAAGAAGAACCAAAGUUCCAGGCCUUCACUGGCAAGAAAUACUCCUUAAGAGGUUGAUCAGCUGCCAAUUGUUCCCAUCUUGUAUUUUGGAGUGUCUGGAUGACAAGGAGUGGUUUUCACUUUAAUGUUUUGUACUGUUCCUGUCAUCCCUCUUGAAUCUUUGUUUUUAAUUUAUUAAUCUAAGAUUAUAUGUGAUAUAAUAUGGGUUGUGAACUAGUUAUUUUUCCU